CCUUGUCAUCUACUGCGAUAUUGUACAGUGUAGUUGUUGCCCGUGAGAGGAGAGGAUAGGGUUGUGGAGCGUAAUGAUUUGACUUCUUUUUGUUUAUUGUUUACUGCCGUCUUUGUGUUUGUGCGUGUAACACUGUUUACAAGCAUGGAGUUAAAAGUGCAGCAUAAUUGGUGUUUGCUCUUCAUCCUCUUCUUCACAGAGUGUGUGAGUGCUGUCUAUAGAGAAGGCUACUUCAAUGGUUCAUCAUUUGUCAGCCUUUCCACUCCUGUCAACUUAAAGAAUCACACUGGAUUGAGCUUUAGGACAUGUGUUGGUGGAGAACUAUUUUUCCAACAAGGAAAACCUGGGUAUUCUCUGUUGUUAUCUGUACGAUCUGAAGGGUUACUUUUUGUAGCUGUCGUUAAUGGUCGUGCUAUUAAGACAUUGUUGAAUGCAAGAUUUUUGGAUAAUGAGUGGCACAAUAUUAACCUCAUGUAUCGUCUUGGAAAUCUGACACUUUCAGCAGGCAGUCACCAGAAGACUGUGGCCAAUUCUACAUUCAAUCCAGAAAUCAUACAAUACAGUGAAAUGUUUAGAAAUAAUAUGGUACUGCUGGGACGUGAAUUUGUGGGCUGCAUCCUAGAAGGUCCCGGACUUGUGCUCACAACGUCGGUUGAUAGUCAGCAGAAUGUGAGAUGGGAACCUUGCCCACUUCCUACUAAAAGCUGUUACAAGCCAGAUCCUUGUGCUGGUGAUCCUUGCACGAUGCGGGGUGAAUGCAUACCACUGGAUGAUAGUUACGAAUGUCGCUGUAAUGCCCGAUAUUCGGGAAACAACUGUGAACUGGACCUUGGUCAUCCUUGUGAUCGCAACCCAUGUCAGUAUGGUGGAAGGUGUCAGAUAGAUGAUUUUGGAAAUUACAGCUGUAUUUGUGAUCCUAUGCGUACAGGCCAACAUUGUGAGUCUGACAUGAGUACACAUCCGUGUAAUGCUAAUCCGUGUGAAAAUAAUGGAACUUGUCAUGUGCAAGACAAAACUUACAAAUGCUCAUGUCUACCAGGAUUUGAGGGUCACAGAUGUGAGAUCGAUAUUGAUGAUUGUGUGUCUAGUCCUUGUAGGAAUGGAGCAACAUGUGUGGACCAAGUAAAUAGCUAUUAUUGCAACUGCAGCCAUGGGUUCACUGGCCUGCAUUGUGAGGAAAAUAUUAAUGAAUGUGAGGACAAACCUUGCCUCAAUUCUCUCGGCUGCUUUGACAACUAUGGCAGUUACACGUGCCAGUGUUCCCCUGGAUUUGAAGGACAAAAUUGUGAACUAAUUAUAAAUGAAUGUUUGUCCAGCCCCUGUCUCAAUGGUGCUACAUGUGUGAACAAAGUUGGAUCUUAUACUUGCCAGUGCCUUCCUGGUUAUACAGGGGAUCAUUGUGAAAACUUCACAUUGGAUUGUAAUCGUAUUCCCUGCCCUCCAAGUACACAUUGUUUAGAAAUGGCUGGUGUGUAUCACUGUGUGUGUAAACCUGGCUAUAGAGCAAUUUCAGGGAUCAGUUGCACUGAACUUGACUUGUGUGAUAGUAGCCAGUUUUGUAAAAAUGGAGGCACUUGUUUCAUAAGUGACAAAAGAGUUUGUGUUUGCCCACCAGGAUUUACAGGUCAGUCUUGCCAGACAGUCAUCGACACUUGCUGGCCAGGUACUUGUCAGAAUGGAGGCACAUGUAUUGAACAGCCGAAUGGUUAUACAUGCAGAUGUCCAGAAGGAUAUAGUGGCUACAACUGUGAAGAUUAUGACAUCUGCAAAUUGACUGUUUGUUAUAAUGGUGGCACCUGCUAUGCCAGGAACAAAAGAGAGUAUCACUGUGCAUGUACACCUGGGUUUGAAGGAAGACAAUGCGAAAUCAGCAUUGGUGGCUGCACUCCCAUGUCAUGCCCUGAAGGAAAAAUCUGUAAGGAGAGGACAAAUGGAAUUGAAUGUCAGUGUCCGGGUAAUUACAGAGGAGAAAAUUGCAGUGAACAGGGUUUCUGCAUUGGGCAGCCUUGUGAGAAUGGUGGCACUUGCGUAGAAUUAGAAUACAAUUAUACAUGCAACUGCCCUCCUGGUUUCACAGGUCCUAAGUGUUCAGAUGAUAUAGAUGAAUGUGUUGGUCCAAUUAAACCAUGUAAAAAUGGCAUAUGUAUUAACAAUAAUGGCAGCUAUGAUUGUUUCUGUACACCUGGUUAUGCUGGAGCAUUUUGCGAGUUGGAUAUUGAUGAAUGUCUCUCAAAACCAUGUUACAAUAAUGCAACCUGCAUUAAUCAAAUUAACAGUUACAGAUGUACUUGCACCGAAGGCUACACAGGUCAUGACUGUGAAACGGACAUUAACGAGUGUGAAUCUCAACCGUGUGAAAAUGAUGGAAUAUGUAUAGAUGAAAUUGGGUCAUUUUCCUGUCAAUGUAUGCCAGGAUUUACAGGAGUGACAUGCACUGCUAAUAUAAAUGAAUGCAUGUCUUCACCUUGUUCGAAUGGAGGAAUCUGUAUUGAUGGCAUUAACAGCUAUAUGUGUAACUGUACAAACACUGGUUAUGAAGGUCCACACUGUGAACUAAAUAUUGAUGACUGCCAACAAAAUCCAUGUCAGAAUGGAGGAGAGUGUAUAGACGGAUUUAAGGACUAUGAAUGCAGGUGUCAUCCUGGAUAUAGAGGGAAAAACUGUGAAAUUGAUAUAAAUGAAUGUGAAGUAAAUCCUUGUGAAUAUGGUGGUACUUGUCUUCAGAGAUCAAAUGAAACUUUAUAUGGAAACAUAUCAGAUUUACCUGAUGUUUUUCAUCAAGACUUCUCAUACAGUGCAGCUGAAGGGUAUGAAUGUUUAUGUAUUCGUGGAACCAGUGGCAUAAAUUGUCAAGUAAACAACAAUGAGUGUGAGAAACAUUCUUGUAUUAAUGGUGCUUGUAUUGAUGGAAUUGAUUCGUAUACUUGUGACUGUGAGCCUGGUUAUGAAGGAGAAUUUUGUGAUGCCCAGAUUAAUGAAUGCGAGAGAUACAAGCCUUGUGGCAGCCAUGGAAAUUGCACAGAUUUGCUAGCUGAUUACACAUGUGCUUGUGAAGCAAAUUAUGGUGGAAAGAAUUGUUCGGUGAGGCUAACUGGAUGCACAGAAAAUGCAUGUCAGAAUAAUGGCACUUGUAGACCAUAUUUGGAAAAUGAAAUUGAUCAUAAGUUCAACUGUACAUGUCUCAGCGGAUUUCAUGGGGAGCUCUGUGAAAAGAUAACUACAAUGUCUAUGAAUGGCACUGCAUAUAUGAUGCUGAAUACAAGUCGUGAUGAAGGCUAUGAUAUUCAGUUUCGUUUUAAGACAACAUUACCAAAUGGUCUACUGGCAUUUGGCAUGGGGUUGACAUUCUAUGUUCUUGAACUUACAGAAGGACGUUUAAAUCUACACUCCAGCCUCCUUAAUAAAUGGGAGGGUGUUUUUAUUGGAUCUGAUUUAAAUGAUAGCAAAUGGCAAAAGGUGUUUGUGGCUAUCAACACAACUCAUCUGGUAUUGGCUGCUAAUGAAGAACAAACAAUUUAUCCCAUUACACUCAAUGAAAAUUCUAAUUCUUCCCACACAAGUUUUUCUGCCACAUAUUUGGGUGGAACUGUUGUACCAAUAAAACUUUUGACCCACACACCAUCGUUCUUCAUUGGUUGUAUGGAGGAUGUCAUGAUCAAUGAGGUGUGGGUAGACCCACAGCAGGAUCUGGCUAAUCAAAUGUUACAACAUGUACAGGUUGGGUGUCCUAGAGAGCCUCAGUGCAAUCCCAAUCGAUGUCACAACGAAGGUCAGUGUACAGACCUUUGGCAAGACUUCAAAUGUAUUUGCAAGAGGCCAUAUUUGGGAAACACAUGCCAGUUCAAUUUGACAGCUGCUACAUUUGGUCAUGAAAAUAUCACAACUAGCCUUGUGACGGUUGAUGUAAACGAGGCCUCACGUAGAGCUAUAAGAAGUAUUAUAGAUAUAUCAAUGUUUAUACGCACAAAGCAAGACAAAGGGGCCAUAUUUUAUAUGACAUCAGUUGGAAGUCCAAAUCAAACUGUUAUUGCGGCACAUUUAUCUGAUGGUGCACUCAAUGUGUGCAUACUGUUGAAUGGUACUCCAGAAUCAAACCCAGAAUCAUGGAAUGUCAAUAGUUUGAAACUGGCUGAUGGAAAUUACCAUCUCAUUCAGGUGGUACGAAAUGUAACAUUAGUACAAGUGAAGAUAAAUGGUACAGAACACUUUCGUAAAACAAUCAGUGCAACUGGAUUUUUAGACGUACAGAGGCUGUAUCUUGGAGGUUACCCCUCAGUAAGUCAAACAGUAGGACUUACAAACUCCACUACAAACAGAGGUUGCAACAGUAAUUCUUGCGAUGUUAACUUCAAGGGCGUUAUCCAGGAUGUACAGAUCAGCAAUGGAUCACACACAAUGGUUGUAGAGUUCUUCCCUUUAGAUGUGGAGGAUCUUGUUAUACCAAGUCCACUUGGAACUGUUAGUUUUAAUAAAAGUGUAGUUUUAGAAGGAUCAGUCUCAGACAACACGUGCCUUGUCAAUCCGUGUGAGCAUAAUGGGAAAUGCGUUGUUACAUGGAAUGAUUUUCAGUGUGAAUGUAUGCGUGGCUAUAAAGGUAAAACUUGCCAGGAAAUGGAAUUCUGUCAGUUGCAAGACUGCCCUCCAGGCAGCACAUGUCGCAAUUUGGAUGAUGGAUUUGAAUGUAUUGCAAAUACUACAUUCAAUGGUCUCAAUGCUUCCUUUGUUUAUGCCUUAAAUAUAACAACGGAUGAAGAGAGAAUUAUGCAGCAAAUGACUAGCUUGAAGAUUAACUAUCGAAGCCGAACUGGUGGGAAUAUUUUAUAUAUCUCAACUGAAGAUGAGAGUUACUUCUCAGUUUAUGUAUACAAAGAUGUAAUUACUGUGUCAUGGAAACUUGGAGCAAAUCUUCCUCCUCAAAGAAAUACAUUAUGGAAGAGUGCACCAGAUGGAAACUGGACUACCAUUUCAAUUCGAAUGAGUGAUGAAGGAAUCUAUGGCAAUACAGAUAGUUCACAAGAGGAGUCACGUUUAUCUACAAAUUUUUCAUUAUCACUCUGGCAUAACUUGCUUUUAAAGGCUAAGUUUGUAGUUGGAGGAGGUGUAGAUAGUGGAAAUUUGAGAAACAGUUGGUUUUACAAAAUGGAUGACAUUACUGUUGAGCCCAUAACAGUUAAUCCUUUAGAUACCAAUGCCAUUGAUUCUCUGCACACGCCUUCUGUGGAUCAUCCAGGAAAUCAUGGAAGUUUUUUUAAGGGUUGCCUGGGUGAAAUACGCAUUGGAAAUCUUCUUGUCCCUUACCUUGAAGAAACGUUUCCAGAAAAUUUUACAGAAAAAGACAGAUUUUAUUUAACUCGAGAAAAUAGUAUGGUACCGGUCCUUGGCUGUGUGCUAUGUUUUCAAAUUGAUUGCCAGAAUAAUGGCACCUGUACUAAUGAAAAUGAAUCUUAUGACUGCACUUGUCAGCGUGGAUUUGAGGGGUCAGAUUGUUCUGAAAAUACUGAUGACUGCAAGAAUAAUUCAUGUCAGAAUAAUUCUACAUGUGUUGACGAAAUAGCAGCUUACAGUUGUAAGUGUCAGCCUGGUUGGGAAGGGGAGUGGUGUGAGCAGAAUAUUGAUGAAUGCCUUUCAUUUCCUUGUCUGAAUGGUGGAACUUGUAUAGAUGGCAUAGCUACAGUUGAGUGCAGAUGUGCAGAUGGUUACAUAGGACCUUUCUGUAAAGAGAUUAAGCUUGUAACUUGUGCAGAUAUGCCCUGUAGAAAUAGUUCUACUUGCUUGGAAGUCACAGAUCCAGAAGCUGACAGACUUUUCAAAUGUGUGUGUGCUGAAGGUUUUGUUGGAGAUUAUUGUGAUACACCAUAUUGUGUUGUUAAGAAAUGUGAUAAUGGGAUAUGUGAUUACAAUAACAAGAGUCCAGAAUGCAAGUGCUACAGUGGAUAUAAGGGCAAGUAUUGUGAAGAAGAUAUAGAUGACUGUGCUGCAGUACGUAAUCCUUGCAAUACUGGUAAAUGUAUUGAUGGAAAUGGUACUUUCUUAUGUGAUUGCAGUGAUACAGGAUUUGAAGGAGAUUACUGUGAAAUUGAUAUAGAUGAAUGUGCACUCAGAACAGCACAGUGUGCAAUAGGACGGUUUCAUUCAUGUGAAAAUCUUCCUGGUAGCUACAGAUGUAAUUGUAAAUAUGACUUUUGUGGUCAGAUGUGUCGUAUUUCUAAUCCUUGCACAGAGAGUCCAGAAACUCUAUGCCAGAAUGGUGGAACAUGCAAUCCUGAGUGUAAUGGACCACCACCCUAUUACACAUGUAAUUGCACAGGGGGAUACACUGGAAUUAACUGUACUGAGCUUCCUGUGGCUGAGGCAUCUGAUGCUACAGAUAUUGCCAUUAUUGUCACUCCAAUAGUUGGCGCUGUUAUUCUUGUUAUUGUCAUAUCACUGACAGUACUCAUCAGUAUGGCAAAGAAGAAAAGGGCUACUAGAGGAACUUACAGUCCAAGUCAGCAGGAAUACUGCAAUCCAAGAGUAGAAAUGGAUAAUGUUAUGAAGCCACCGCCAGAAGAAAGACUGAUAUGACGGAAUGGUUCACAGACAGGCAUUCAGCAAUGUUCCUUUUUCAUUGCUGGCUGUAUAAAAAAACAUAAAUUUGACUCUGGACUGGUAACAAGUUCAGAGUAAAUGCUCUCAAAGUGAAUUAGAGUUAUCUGUUCCUUUAUUUGUAUCUCUCAUUCAGAAUAUUGAUUUGACUGUGGUGUCCGUCCAUUAGCAUUCACUAUUGUGUAAACGAAAUGUAUUUUUAAUAACAAUGUGUUUUUCUUGACUCAUAACUACUUAAUACAUGACCAGUGCAGACUUUUUACUGAUAUAUCAAAUGAAUUGUUAUAUACACUGGAAACAGGAAAUAAUGCCUGAUGACAUGGCUGUUAAAGCUAUAUAAACUGAACAAAACAUGAAUUGUUGCUCCCAGAUUUAGUUCUUGUUUGGAGAAUGAAAUUGUCUAUAAAGAGAGAAUAAAAGAGACAACUGUUAUCAUAAUUCGGUUUUGGCAGUGUACACAUCUCCAUAUUUAAUUCUGUUAAUUGAAGGAAAAGAAUUGGUAGAUCUGAAAGCACAAAUUUUCUGCCACACUUAGCGUAAUCUGUUAUGUUGUGCGAUGUAUUCUGAUCUUAUAUUUCUUGAAUGGCCUGGUUAAAUCUGACUUAUUCCUUUAUCUUGUCAGUUUCAUUCACUUAAUUCAAUUAGUUGCAGUGAUGUUGUAACCCUUGCCAUAGUUGAAACAUACCAGUACAGCAAUCCUUAUGCUAUUUCAACACAAUUUGUUUCUUUUCUGUUUAUAGUAUUAUUUUAUUAUUUUGCUCUAAUUAUGUGCUGAUUGAUGUAAGUUCUGACACCAUACUCAUUCAAAUCAUUUUAGUUUCCCUGUAUAAUUAUGUAUAUGUGCAGCCAUGUAAUUCUUAGUGGUAACCAUUUAACAUAUGACCAAAUGGAAUUAUUGAAGUGACUGUUUUAAUAGGGUGAUUUUAUCAUUUGAUUCCACAACUUACCACUGCUGUAUAUAGGAACAUGUCAGUCAUGGGAACUGGUUAUGAAUUGAAGUGAGAUUAAUUUUCGCUUCUGAGUUAAAAACUGAUUUAUUUUCUUUGAGAUUAUUGUACAUUCAUAAGGAGAGUCCCAGUGGACAUACUGUAACAUUACUUCAAAAAUAUGAGACUGCGUUUUCAUAUGGCCACUCGACUUGGUAAAGGGACCAUUUUUGACAGUAUUAUUCUCGUAGGUAAUUAGUCAUCGUUUUCACCGUGGCUUUUUAUAUUUAUCUUAGAAAAUUAGAUUUAUAUGUACUGUACAUUAAAACAAAAAACAAAUGAAAUUUUUUUUUAAUUAAGUGUGUGUAAAUAUUAAUGAGAUACACAUUUUAAUAAUCAGUGAAACAAAUUUUUAAAGGUGUGCAUGGGCAACUAUGUAGUUAUUUGUAUUUGACUUAAGCAUUUAAUGUGUAACUCCAUAAUUAAUUAAACCAUACAUUGCUCGCUGAAAGAAGUUGCAAGCCCACUGAAAGAAGCUGCAUGAACAUUGUCCUAUCUUUGUGCAACAUGUGUAAGUACUUCCAACACUUUAACAUUUGUAAAGCAUGACAGUUAACUGCAAUUAUUUCUGUUAAUGUGUUUCUCAUUUUGGAACACACAAAAUGAAAAUGAUUCUUUUUUGUUAUGAAAUAAAAUGUUGUACAACUAGUACUUUAACCACCUGGGCAGCAUCUUAAAAAUUAAUCACCCUCAUGUGAGGAGCUAUGUAACCAAUUCUGGCAUGAAAUAAUGAAGUUAAUGGCUUCAAAAUGUGUUCCAUAUAAAAUUGUAUUUUUGAAUUCUGUUAGUUGACAUUGAAGGCAGGAUAGUACGUGAAGGGAAAGAAUAUUCAAACUAAACAGUACGGUUGAAUUUUCUAGCAUAUAAAAUAUAUGCUCAGUGAAUUAUAUGCAACAGUGCUGUGCUAUUUUUCAUUGAAAUAUAAAGAUAUCUUAUCAGACAGUUUAUAUUGCUGCUGAUCUAAUGUGAACACAGCAUGUUACUGUUGUCCCAUCCAAUAAAACUAUUAAAAACAUAAUUUCAACAGUGAAUGGAUUUAUGGACUGUGUCUUAGAGUGAGCUGUUGUAGUCUAUUACAUUAAAGUUACAAUUAUGGCGCACAUAUUAAUCAGUGUAAUGAGUGUUGGAAGUUUCUUACAUCCUGUGCCACUGAAGACUUUGAAUUUUAUUAAGUAAAUGCUUGAUUUUACCAGUAACUCACUGUUAAAACUUCAUUACUUUCUCUUUCACGAGUGUAUCAAGUGAUUAGCUGCAGACAGACAUUCUAAAUGUAAAAUAACUUAUUACAUGGCAAACUCCGACAGUAGAAUAAUAAUAUUGAGUGUGAGGAAAAACUCUCAGGUUUCCAGCUGGAUGUCACUUUUAAAAUACCACGGCCUUUGAAGUGUUUCAUACUCAUCAUCUUCUGAUGGAGAUCUUUGCCAUCUGAUGAUAAGUGUGACACUCUUCAGAAGUCAUAUUAUUUUAAAAGUUGCACCCAGUUGAAAACUUAAUAGCUGUAUCAUCAAUAGUAUAUGUUGGGAGAGUCUACGUUCACAAAAAUUUAGCUUGUUUUCCAAUUUAUUUUCUUCUACAUUAAUCCUCAUACUGUGCAUACUAAUUCGCGUGCAGUCUUAUCCAGAUUGAAGAAUGCAAUACAUACAUUUUCCUUCUCUUCAUUUGAUAUUUGUUUAAGUAACUAUGCUUCCUUUUAAUUAUAGACAUCUGCAUUUUUCCAUAAGAUUGUGAAAUACAAUUAAAGAUUAUUUGAUAUUUUUGGGUGGCACGUAAAUGGCAUAGAUAACGAAAUAUUCUAAAUGUGCUUGUACUUCAUCAGUAACAUUGUUACAUGUCUCAGGUUUACUGAGCCAUUGUUUCAAAUCUUCAGAUCCAAAUUCCAUUCAGGUAUCUUUUUGGCUCAACCUUACUGUAAUUUCCCAUUAUUGUGUAACUCUGUAAAAUUUAACUGGAAUACAGUGUUUUCCAAUGCAGAAGGGAAAUUGCACAUUGCAGAACAUAAACUGUGGGAAAACCAUAAAAUAAAUAUUUUUGCAGUAUAAAUGUGUGUAACAUUAACUUUUGCUAGAGGUAGGUUUUAUAUCUACAUAUGUAAGAAAAAUUCAGCUUUUGCUAGCUGCAUAAGAAGCAGAAAUUUUUCUUUCCAAAUAUGUUUUAUAAUUUUAAGUUUGGACUGUAUUAUGAUGAUCAGCUUGUAGAUUAUUUUAACUGUAUAAUUUAUGGCCACAUUUACUUAACACACACUUGAAUGGUUAUGUAUUUAUGAUAAAAGGAGAUCAGUUGGAUUCUUUGUUGAUAAUGUCUCUAUCUGUGACUGACUGGAAGUUCAUUGUGAAUCUAGUGUUUUAGUUUCAAAUUCUCUUAUAAGAUUACAAUCCCAUAAAUUCCCUUCUUUUAUGGAAUCUGUAGAGACAGAAAAAGAUGGUUAUAAAGAAUUGUACGUCAUUGUUUUGUUGCAUUAGAUGUUUAAAUGACUGUAAAACUCAUGUUUCUGUCUUGUAAACUUUUUGUCACUCUUGUAAACUAAGACACACUACUGCUGUGCUGUAUGAAGUCAUUCAGAAUUAUCUGAAAUAAUUAGUAUACGGCAUUAAGUAGUUAUAGGCCACUGUUAUUUUAACAAGGAGCAGAUCACCCACGUCAUAGCUUUCGAUACAUCAGCUUUCAAGUAACCGAAUGUAGAUCCUGUUUUCAAGUUAUGUUAACUGAUCUCCCAGUCGCUGAAAAACAGAUAAUUUAACAGCCUGAAUUUAUUUAAUGUGUCUAAACUCUUCAAUAUGUAAGUUGAAUUGUCUUGUCAUUUGUUAUCACAAAUGUAAGUGAACAAGAGAGAGCCAUGGGUGAAUUUACUGUAAUUCACUAUGUAUUGACUAACCUUCUCUUUAUUGCAACAUGUAUUUGAAAAUAUGUAGAUGUUUCAUGCCUUGUCGAUAAGAUGACAAUAAUGGACAGGGAAGACUCAUUUUGCCCAUUUCUGUAUAUUAAGAAUUGUUUGACAUCAUUCAUAGUUCAUUCUCUUCCAUGGCAACUUCUUAAAUCCUUAUUUCACUAUUUUCUUCUGUUGUGUAUGUCCUUAUUGUUUACCUUUUUUGCAAUUCCCUUUAAUUUUUCCUUUUAUAUCUGGGCACUUUAUACCAUCUUCCAACAUUUGUGUAAUUUUUCAUAUUUAUUACAGUAAAACAUUUCUUGCUAUGUGAUACACUAUAUUUUACAUUGACACUUUCUUCUCUUUUGUUUUCAGUGUUGAGUUAUUUUUCUCAGAGGAGUUCAGAUUAAUUAAGCACCAAGCAUAUUCCACUGUAGCUUUAUCUUAACUGCCGUUAGAGUUAGGUCAUAAGUUUUUGUACAUCUUAACAUAUUGUAGUUUAUGCAUCUUACCACUUGGCCUAAAGAUUUGCUAUUUAUUCAGAAACAUAAAAAAUUUUAUCCGAUUUAAUUGGGCUCAGAUGUAAGCGUGUUGAUUAUAUUGAUAUUCCAAAGAGUAUUCAUUAAUAUCUCAUAUCAGAGAGGCAUUAUCUACUAAUGGAAACAUGUAAUUUUUUUAGUUAAUGUACAUCCUUGUAUACUGUUCUGGCUAGGCAUUGUAAAGUAUUAAAAUGGUGAUAAUGAUUUAAUUCUUGAUCCAAGUUAUGAAUUUUCCAUUUCAUUGUGUACUUAAUUUAUAUUUUAUGUGUGACAAGCUAUUUAUUCCAGCUAUAGUCAGUCAAAAUACAUUUUGAAAAGACCGCUUUUCAUGUACUAAAUAAUACAAUAAACAGUGAUUCAUUGCCUUGUACUUAACUGAGACUUUUUGUAUCAAUCAACACCUGAAGUAUCUUUUUAUAUGUGAGAGUGUGUAGUUAUAUU